AACGAUCUGGCGCGUGCAACGGGCGAGAAGAAGAGGCCCGCAAAAGGGUGUUUCGCGCGACAGAGAGAGGGACAUCCACGGCUAUCCUCGGCGGUGGGGGAGCUCGGAUAUGGCAGCUAGGCAGUCCGCUGUUUGCCUUGCUGGGGCACGGGCCGUUUCAUGAACACGUCUCGUCGUGUAUACCGCAUCUUGUCGCGUUCUAUCCACGAGAAAUAUUCGCAAUAUCCUUUCGUUGUAUAUACUGUUUCGUAGCACGGAACUUUCGAGGGUGGCUCGCGGUGACACGCGGAUUUUCUGUAACCCCGUCCUAUCUGUGUCGGGAGUUGCACUCCCUGGGAGCGGCAUGCUCAACAACAUCUCCGCCGGCGGUUCGGUACACGGUAUUCCCGGAGCGAAGGAUCUUCAUGCGCAGGACCUGAAGAGGCACGAGAAGUUGGACGGCGUGCUGGGAGUGAAUUUGGGCACCGGAUUGUCUGCCGGCAGUGGCCUCACGCUUCAUCAGGAAUUAAUCAUGACGAUGCCUGGCACGGGAAACGCGGCUGCGAUUGGACAAGGCGAUGACAAACCUGCCAAGCAGAAACGGCACCGAACGAGAUUUACACCGGCCCAACUGAACGAACUGGAAAGGUGUUUCAAUCGAACGCACUAUCCGGACAUCUUUCUCAGGGAGGAGAUAGCUGUGAAAAUUGGCCUCACGGAAAGUCGAGUACAAGUGUGGUUUCAAAAUCGUCGAGCAAAGUGGAAAAAACGGAAGAAGUGCGGCCCAGUUUUUCGUUCCCCGCCAGGUCCAUUGCUGCCAUCGCAUGGCUUGCCUCCUUUUGGACCGAUGAGUUCCGACCUUUGCGGUGCUGGAAUGUUUAGUGGACCUCCUGAAAGAUGGACAAUGGGAACAGCCGCUUGUUUUACAGGUCUUGGACAAUUGGGACAAGGAGGCAUGGGAAUGGGUGGUUUCGGCCAAAGUUUAGGACAACUUGGUCAGCAAAGUACAGGGAGCCUCGGUUCGAGCUUAGGUCUUGGUAAUUCUGGACUACCGAUCAGCAGUCCGUCGCAGGCCGUCUAUCAAGCCAGUUAUGGUCUAAAUUCCCUUGGGGGUGUUCACGUGUCAGCGUCCCGGGGCUCGCCGCCAGGAGGAUCCAGCGUGGGCGGUGGUCAGGGUGGCGGGUUGGGAUCGGCCUUGAACUGCGGCCAGGGCUCGCCUGGAACGACUUCCGGCAGUGGAGGCGGAGGCGGUGGUGUUUCCUGCGUGGCCGCCGACGUGAACGCAACCGAGGCGUCGGAUUGGAGAGGCGCCCACAGCAUCGCAGCGCUUAGGCGUCGUGCCUCGGAUGCGUCGCAGCAAUACAGUCCACAGCCACCGCCACCACCCGCAGGACCUCCUCAAUAUGCCCAGGACAUGGAGUACAAUUCCGUUUACUGAGGCCCUGCCAGUUUCACCAUUAACUCGACGAUAAAUCCUAUCGGGGAAAUGUUUCAAGGAUUCCCUUCGUGGAUGGUUCCGAACGGUCAACGUGCAGGGUAGAGGGUCGAAGUAACGCGUAGUAACAAGAGGGAAGGACACAUUGUGCCAGGAUGUUUCUCUCUGCUCCUCGUUAUUGUUGCUCCACUCGAAAAGCAUGUAUCUCUGUUCGCCACGACAGGUGUACGAUUUCGAUUAUUAGCGAUUUCAACGAUGGACAGCGUCGUAGCACCGGAUUCUGUCCGUUGGGGGUGGUCCCGAUGAUGAUAAUAAGUAUUCGUUGUUAUGUUAUUUUUAUCCUCCAGUUAUGUAUGACUAAAGAAGAAGGGGAAGAAAACGAGAAAGGAAGAGGAGGAGGAAAAGAAGAAGUUUGGCGAAGGAUUUCGAUGUUACGUUAGUGGACUGACCGUGACAAAAUGACAAAAUUCUAGUUACACAAUGGACAUGUAUAGAAAGUUUGUCACUGUUAGAAACUAAGUCAGCAACAACGAAUUUUAGUUGUCUCUAUGAUGGUUAUAGAAGACACGUACUCUUAAUAUUUGUUUCAUUCUUGCUUGGCUGGGUCAAUUUGCAAUCAUGAAUAGGAUUCAAGCGACUGUAAAAUUUCAGCGGUGAUGCUGAUGUCUGUUUCUUCUGACAACCAUACGUGUGAUCGUGAUAUUUGAGAAAAGUGAGUCGUUGGACCGAACAAGUAUGAAUAAAUAUCGCGAAGGUCCUCGAAAGAUGAAUGUCAAACGCGUGAGUAACUAAGAGAAAAAGGCUUCGUUAAUUAAAGAUGUAACGUACUAGUGACUUCUUCGAGAGAAUUCGUGUCAUGCCGAAGCUGUGCAACGCUGAGAAAAUGCAGUGAUCACUUCAUAUAGCAUACAUAUAUUAACUUUAUCACGGAUACUCAUCGGACGGUUUGCUACGUUUCAUGCAUUUAUAACGUGGCUAAUUCCAAAUUUAAAGUUUCUAUACCAAUAAUUCCAUCAUUAUGUGUUAUAGUUGAAACGGAUGUGUUUGAUUUUAUCAAUAUUUUACAACUGUAUGUAACGUUUACUUCGUCUACUUCCUCACGAAUUACUUAUAGGUAAAUCGACCGAUAGGUAAAUCCGAUGGAAAUUUAAAUCAAUUGUACGAACGAGAGUUUAUUUCAACAUUACGAAAUAUCACCUUACAUCCCAUUUCGAAGAAAUCUUGCGAAUCAUAAAUAAUAAAUUCUCGCGCCGUGGCACGGUGUAAUGAAAAAGUAUACGACAAGUUAUUAUAGUAUUACGUAUGGCAUUGUAAAUAUAGUAAAAAGAUUGACGUAACAACUAUGAUUGAUUAUAAUUAUUACUAUUAAAUUUAGUAAUAUCACUGAUAACUUUCUGGAGAAAUCUAGUUCCGUUGGCUUACGGUUCCCUUUACAAACCUACUUUUAAAAACCAAAGCAACAGCACUUUCUUAUAAUUUUCUGCAAACCCGCUUCAUCCAGAACUUGAUUUUAUUUCUAGCGAAAUAAAAAGGAAGGGGCCUGUGCAACGAUCGCUUUAAACAUUAUCGAUUAAAACCAAUAAUUUGUAUAAGUUGAAUAUGCAAAAUGGCAAGAAGCUAAUCUUUCUCUGUUCUCUUUUUAUGCUUUGAACGCAAACAGGUUUCGUUCUUGAAGCACGUCGAAAUGUAAGUAAAUGGUGGAGAAAAGGCAACGUGUAUUAAACAAGGAAUUUCACUUGCUCCAAAAAUACAGAGUGUGUGUGUGUGUGUGUGUGCGUGUGUGUGCGCGCGCGCACGUGUGUGUGUGUAACGUUGACUCUUGCACGAGAAGAACAAUACAAUUGAGUAAACUAAAAUGCAAGUUAACACUUCCGCGUAUUGCAUUUCCCGAAUACUAUCCUAGAACGCUGCAAGCUAUAGAUUGUUUCUGUUGUUGUACACCGGAACGUAAGUUUUGUAAAUAGAGUAUACGUCUAACGAUUAAUAAUAAUUGAAUAUUGUAAGCGAACACGAUAUAAUAUUUACGAACGAACGUACGCAAGUAUACUUGGACAUUGUGAUAUUUUAGGCUCGCUGUUGCAUUUUUCCUUUUUUUUUUUUUUUUUUUUUUUUUUUUUCGACAGCGACGAGCCGUGUACAUGAUAUUGCAAGAAGAAUAAGCGGUACCACAUUAGUGAUCGCGAGUGACGACGAACGUCGAUUAUUCUAGUUACGAAUUUAUGGUAGUCAUAGGUAAAACUUAGUGAUAAAUAUGAAAUGAACGAUAUGCAGUUGUCAGUGUAUUACUACGAAACGUAUACGAUUUUUAAUGUACAAAAAAAAAAAAAAAAAAAAAGGAAAAAAAAUAACGGUAUAGCUGCGAGACGACGUCUUUUCGGAAUUUCAUCCUGCUGAUACGAUUUGUGUUCGGGAUGAGAUAACCUAUACCCGAACUGAUCUUAGCGAUUCUUUUGUUCUCUUCUAUUCCUCUUCUCUUGUCGCUCGUUUGUUUUUUUCCUCGGAAUAUUUUCUACACACCUACCGACUUGGACGUUUUUAUACAUAUUUAAAUAAAAUUAAACACCUGCGUAUACAAGACAUUUACAAAGUGUCUCGCGAAAUUGCGUUAUGUCUCUCGUUGAAUAGUACGAAAGAUAUAAUAUUUAUUUAUCGGCUGCGUGCGUGGAUAAAGCGAUUUUACGGAGAUCGAGUCUGUCAAAGUAUCGUGCUUGCUGGCAAAUUGAAUUAAAUUGCAUGAAUAUUUUACAACGAUAUGAUUGAUUGCGUAUUCCGCGUGAACGUUCUCCUUUUUUCUUGGCCCGUACAGUUUACAAGCAAUGAAAUAUAUUUGAUAGAACGUGUCGCAAAAGAAUGGACUGACUUUAUGCAUCUUUAACACAAAUCAUUAUCGUCAAUGAUCUUAAUUAGUGAUAAAUAGAAGAAUUUUAAUUUUUAUCGUUGUAUAGUUGUGUAUAGAAGACAACUAAGUGUGUAAAAUAAAUCAUUAUCAAAAAAUCAGA